CAGUCUGGGUGACAGAGCAAGACCUUGCCUCAAAAAAAAAAAGACAUUUCCAAAAAAUCAAAUGAAGUGCUUUUACCUUUGCUCUCAGUCUCUGUCUGAUUCUCUGAUAGAAGAUUUUUGAAGAAAAAAGGUAAAAUCUUUGAAGAGUUCUAUACUUGGGAGGCAUAGUGACAUAAACACUUCUGAACAUCCUGUUCUCUGUGUGAAAGAAGUGAACUUUGUCUUUACAUUUGAGGGAAUGAUUGCUGUUGGGUUGAUGGGCACACACAGUUGAAGAUAUGUGAACUACUUGACUUUGGCCUCUCAUGCAAACUGCCUAAAAGAAGAGAAUAUUUGUGUUAGUAUUCAUGCUCUGAUGAAAAUAGGUUGACAUAGACACUUAUUGGUUAAAAACCUAUAUCACUACAUCUAACUUUGUUUUUUAAAAUCUUUAGUACUUCAAAUUCUACAUAUUUCUUUUCUCAUUACAAUGCAAACAUUUUAAUUUGCAACUGUAGUAUAUGUUCUUUUUAGUUUGUGAUUACCUGCUCAAUCGUUUAAAUGGGUCCACUUAACUUGUAUGCCUAUAAAUUAAAGUACGUUUUUCACAAAAAGGUUCAUUAAGGCUCAGUAAACCUAUUCUGGAAGAGUACUUUGAAAACCUCUUACACAAUCCUAAGCUAAAUAAAUUUAGUGAAUUAAGUAGUUAAAAUGAUAAAGCUUCAGAGUGAGUUAUCUCAUGAAGUUUAUUUAAUAUAGUCUUUGUAUGAAUGUAUACUAAAUAAAAUAAGGACUAUUUAAAUCACUAUUUCAAAUAAAAUUGUAAGACUUUUCUGAAUAUACCUAGACACUCAUAUGACCUAAAAUAAGCAUUGUUUACCUUUUAUUAAAGUAUGUACAUUUCUGACGGGAAAACAUGUUGCAAGUAUAUGUUUAACCAAACAUUGUCGUGUGAUAUUUACAGUAUUUUCAUUCCACUUUAUCACACCUCCAGUAAGAAACCUACUUAUAGUAAAUGAUUUAAAGAUAGGAGUGGGAAAAAAACAAAGAAUCUAUGUAAAAUAAAAUAAUACAACAGAAUGGAGUUUACUUUCCAUUCCAUGUAUCACUUGGGUGCAGUAACUUCGUAGGACUCUGAGCGCCGCUGUUCACCUGCUCGGAGAGAGAACGCAGCCAGAGCUCAAUCCGGAUUCUCAGGGCUCUAACUACACAAAGCCCCACAAACCGGCUGCUGGGCUGCAGGGAAGCUCACUCCAGAAUUUAAGGUGCGCAGGCUACAGAACACCCUGCAGCCACAGAAAGAAAAAGGAACCGGUCGAAACACACAACGUGUCCAGUGAGGACUUUGCAGAAUUCUGUAACCAGACUACAAUGGCCGCUCAAAGGAAUCGCCCGGAUUGCAGGGAGCUGGUCCUGUUCUGCCUUUUCCUCGGGAUUCCAUGGGAGGCUAGAGCCCGGCAGAUCUCUUAUUCAAUUCCUGAGGAAUUAGAGAAAGGCUCCUUUGUGGGCAACAUCUCCAAGGACUUGGGGAUGGCGCCCCGGGAGCUGGCGGAGCGCGGAGUCCGCAUCGUCUCCAGAGGUAGGACGCAGCUUUUCUCUCUGAACCCGCGCAGCGGCAGCUUGGUCACCGCGGGGAGGAUAGACCGGGAGGAGCUCUGCGCUCAGAGCGCGCGGUGUCUGGUGAGUUUUAACAUCCUUGUGGAAGAUAGGGUGAAACUUUUUGGGAUAGAAAUAGAAGUAACUGAUAUCAAUGACAAUGCCCCAAAAUUCCAAGCGGAAAAUCUAGACGUAAAAAUUAAUGAAAAUGUCGCUACGGGAAUGCGUUUUCCUCUCCCGGAAGCUACUGAUCCGGAUGUGGGUGUGAACUCUUUGCAGAGCUACCAGCUCAGCCCCAACAAGCACUUCUCCCUAAGAGUUCAGAGCCGUGCCAAUGGCGUCAAGUACCCGGAGCUGGUACUGGAGCGUGCCCUAGAUCGUGAGGAAGAGGCCAUUCACCACCUGGUCCUCACUGCCUCCGACGGAGGUGAUCCUCUCAGAUCUGGCACUGUCCUCGUCAGUGUGACCGUAUUCGAUGCAAAUGACAACGCGCCGGUCUUCACCUUGCCAGAAUACCGAGUGAGUGUUCCUGAGAAUUUGCCUGUGGGCACUCAGCUGCUGACAGUCACAGCCACCGACAGGGACGAAGGUGCCAAUGGAGAAGUGACAUAUUCAUUCCGAAAAUUACCUGACAUGCAGCUGUUGAAGUUCCAACUAAACAAAUAUACUGGAGAAAUAAAAAUAUCAGAAAAUCUAGAUUAUGAAGAAACAAGUUUCUAUGAAAUAGAAAUACAAGCAGAAGAUGGAGGAGCGUAUCUUGCAACUGCGAAAGUGUUGAUUACUGUAGAAGAUGUAAAUGACAACAGUCCAGAGGUGACCCUCACGUCUCUAUUUAGUCCAGUGACUGAAGAUUCACCUCUGGGAACAGUCAUAGCCCUUUUAAAUGUGCAUGAUUUAGACUCUGGGCAGAAUGGACAGGUAACCUGUUCCAUUUUGGCGUAUCUACCAUUUAAAUUAGAAAAGUCCAUUGAUAGUUAUUACAGAUUGGUGACACACAGAGCCCUUGACAGGGAACAGGUAUCCUCUUACAAUAUCACAGUAACAGCCACAGAUAGGGGAAGUCCACCUCUAUCAACGGAAACUCAAUUUACGCUGCAAGUGGCAGAUAUAAAUGACAACCCACCUACCUUCUCUCGUGCCUCCUACUUCACCUAUAUCCCAGAGAACAACGCCAGGGGUGCCUCCAUCUUCUCAGUGACAGCGCUGGACCCCGACAGCAAAGAGAAUGCCCGGAUUAUUUACUCCCUCGCUGAAGACACCAUCCAGGGGUCACCUCUGUCCUCCUACAUAUCCAUCAACUCAGACAGUGGCGUCCUGUAUGCACUCAGAUCCUUUGACUAUGAGCAGUUUCAUGAACUGCAGAUGCAGGUGACAGCCAGCGAUAGUGGGGAUCCUCCACUCAGCAGCAACGUGUCUUUCAGCCUGUUCGUGGUGGACCAGAACGACAAUACGCCCCAGAUCCUGUACCCCGCCCUCCCCACAGAUGGUUCCACUGGC